GAAAUCUAAUUUGAAACCGAUCACUGGCGUGGUAAGUCGAUUCUUAUCGGCAUAUCCUUUAAAGCAGUUGGCAGCCCCUCGAGCAGCUGUCAUAGUCUCGUGAACGUGUGUGUUGGUGUUAAUGUUGUGUAAACGCUGGUCGUGAAAAAUUUUGCCGCACGCUGUGGGGAUCUGGAGGAUUGUACAUUAUUUCAUAAUAUUUUAAGAUAUGUUGACCAUAUUACGUCAGCGCCAUUCGCCGCUUACAAAUGCCGCUCAUCGCUUCCUGCAGACCACGAGCCCUCGACCGGGAUAUAUUGUACUCGUUCCCGAAAUUGGUGAAGAUGGGCAUCAGAACGAGGGAGUGCUGAAAGCGGAUGGCUUGCCCGCUUUUAAUGAUAUAACUAUCGAGCUGGCACUGGGCACAAUAGGACAACAAGCCGCACUUGUUGAGAAGACUGUCAAAGCUCUGGAACAGGACAUCAAAAACGGAAAGCGGCUGAACAGCGCAGAUAUCUACACCGAGCUAGAUGCAGUCACAGGUCCGCUCGACACGACCUGGGGCGUAGCCAAGGCUCUGUAUCUGGGCGCCUGCACUCUUAUACCCACGAAGACGUAUAUGAAUAUUCACGAGCGGGCGCGGAACGCACGUGCUGCGAAGUACUGCAACAAGACCAUAUAUACAGCGCUGCGGCAACACGAAGAUGCAGGUGCAGGCGAGGCAGAGCAGCGUCUGCGCCAGAAAUUUCUUUUGGAGGGCAAGCUUAAUGGACUUAAUCUAAACAAGGACUCACAUGAUGGCCUCAAGGAGCUGUUGAGUCAGUUGGGACGCGAACGGGCAAGUUUCAAGAACAAAGUGAAUAUGUCUGUCCACACAUUUGCGCAUGUGGUCAGUGAUUUCCAGGUGGUGCGUGACUUCCCAUCCACGUUUCUGGAGGCAACCGCCCUUGAUGUGAGGCAGCCACUGCAGGGCCCUUGGAAAGUGACGUUGCAACCACAGAUCGUCGAAAGCUUUCUCAAAUACUGCCCGGAUAGACUGCAGCGCUGGAAUAUUUGGCGUGCCAACGCUGUGAAAGCUUCACAACAACAGGAUAAAUCAUUGGAGAACAGCACGCAUCUCGAGAAGAUCCGGGCACUGCGCAAACGACAGGCCAAUAUCCUUGGUUAUGCUAACUUCGCCGAUAUGUCUAUGCAAACAAAAAUGGUCGGCAGUGUGGACAACUUAAAGAUAAUUUUCGCCAAGCUUCUCAAGUUUGCAGGUCCGGCGCAAAUGACGGAGCUGGAGGAGCUACAAAAAUUCGCCAGCGCCAACGGCUUUGAACAAAAGCUGGACUUGUAUGAUGUGAGCUACUGGCGCCGCAAGCAAUUGGCAGCCGAGCAUCAGCUAAAUGAGGAGAAAAUUAGCGAGUAUUUCCCUCUGCCACGUGUGCUUUCGGGCAUCUUUUCGUUAAGCGAGAAACUCUUUAACAUACGCAUUGUGGAGAACACGAAAGCAGAAGUUUGGCAUCCGGCCGUGAAGUUUUACGAAGUAUAUGACGGCGACGUUAGCGAUGCAUCCAGUCCUGUGGGCGGCUUCUAUGUGGAUUGCUAUUCGAAGGAGCAUAAAUUUGGGCGCAACAACGGAUGGAUGGUGGGCAUUCGGAAUGCCAACAAAUCUGCUGACCUCACUCCACUUUGCGCUCUCAUCUUCAACUUUAGCGAGCCGUUGUUGGGAAAGGCACCGCUUUUACGAUACGAGGAUUUGCAAAUGUUGUUCAAGACAUUCGGCUCGGCGCUACAACAUCUGCUGACACAGGCGGGUUAUACUGACCUUGCUGGGCUCUCCAACAUCGAGUGGGAUGCCUCACAAGUCUCCGGCUAUGUGAUGAGCAAUUUUCUCGAUGACGCCGCGGUGUUACAAAGCCUUUCGGGUCAUUACGCCAAUGGCGAGCCUAUUGAUGCCUCAUUGGCGGAAAAGAUGCGCCUGCUAAAAACACAACUGGCUGGCUAUAAUUUAUGUCAGGAACUCUACUAUGCCGAUCUUGAUAUUGAGCUGCAUCGCUCGGGGGCCUUCUGGCUGGAUGUCGUGCGCAAGCUGUGGCCAGUUUACCAAGCAAUGCCCCUCAACAAGAAGGAUUCGCACCCGUGCUCUAUGUCGGACAUCUUCUCUGGUGAUUGGGCCGCUGCACAGUUUAGUCAUUUGUAUUCGAAGAUGAUUGCCGCUGACAUAUCAAGUAGCUUUGCCGAGCAACGCAACAGCACAGACUACAGUACAGUGGGCAAACGCUAUAAACAAACGUUCCUCAGUUCCGGUGGCUCCAUGCCUACGGCCGAGGUAUUCCGACGCUUCCAGGGCCGUGAUCCAUCUGUGGAGUCGCUUCUCAAGUCCCUUAGCAUUUUCGUGCCCUCACAGACGACAGAAAAUAACUAAAGAGGUGGCCAGCUGCGUGCUGUCCCAAAUCGCUGCUGUUAUCUUUUGUUUUAUAUUAGUGCGGUGAUAAUGUUUGACAUUGUAAAGUAGCGCGAAUGCGCGUGGGAUAAACUAAUUAUUUACACAUAGUGAACAGAUAAUUUCUUAUCGUUGAGUGACUCACUGGGCUGCCGAGUCAACCAAAACAGGUGUUACUUUUAAUAACGGCGGGGGUUACUCACGGCACCAAUAAUAUAUGUGUGGAAUGAUUAUUUGCUAGAUUAAACAUACAUUUGUUGCUUUAUUUAAAUAAUACUUUAAUAAUAAAUUGCAUAAAUUUAUAACAUUUAA